AUGAGUGUAUCUCGGGCACAAGUUGUGCUCAUCGGUGUUUCGGGGUGCAGCGCAUCGGGAAAAUCGCUUGUAUCGUCACGAUUAGCUGCCAUGUUGGGUUCUCCAUUAUUUCCCGUUGCUAUGGAUUCGUUCUUUGAUGAGGAUGAAUGUGAGCGAUUGGGUGUAUGGGAAGAUCCCCGUUGCCUACGAGCUGCGGAAUAUACUCAAUGCGUUGCUACAAUUCGUGCAUUAAUUGAGCAAUAUGGCGUGGCAGCCGCACCACUGCAUACCGUAAAGGAUGCCGCACAGUUCCUUCGGUUUGAAGCAAGCUCAGCUGUGUCCCAUCCUCCCAUGCGCGAAAGCGCGGUCAGUUACACGGUUAAGUCCUAUGGGGAGGCGUCGAAAAAGUGUGUUAGCGAAGCUAAUAAUAUAGUCCUCUCUUCCCUCUGCAUGAAUGACGCAUGCGUCGCUGGUAACGCUGCAGAUGGGACAGAUGUGGCGUUGGAAAAGGUGUUUAUUGUGUGUGAAGGGUUUUUAAUUUUCGGUUAUCCCGAAUUAUGCAACAUGUUUGACUUCUUCGUUUUUGUUCACAGCGAUAAUGAAACAGCUUGCUUGCGUCGUUUCUUCCGCGGUUCGCGGCGGAAAAAGCGAAAACCACAAGGUGGCAAUUGUGACCGCAUCUUGCGCAUGCGCACGUCCCGUGUUAACGCGGAACUCUGGAGUAGUGAAGGAGCUGCGGCAAAUAAGACGCUUUCCCCUUCAUUUUCAUCCGUACUUCCGCAUCUUAAAUAUAUGCCACCGCAACCAUCGUCUCCAAAUGAUUACCAGGGUUUCUGGCUUCAGAGCGAAUACAAGGAAUUACCGCCGCCGAUGCCCUUUGGAAUGAGUGGCUUAAAGGCUCCACCAUAUGACUGGCUGGAGGUGAAGGACUUGCAGUAUGUUAAACAAAUGCUUCAUCAAUGGGCAAAUGCGUCCUGCGUGGAUGAUGUCGAGGGUGUCCUCGGGCGUUAUUUCGAAUUUCGGUACUGGUUCUACUACGAAGUAUUGUUUUAUCACUAUCAGUUGCGUGGGAUUAGUGAAGAAAAUGUGACAACGGCUUGCCAGGCGAAAGGUACCACAAAAACCUCCCCAUCCCAAUCUGUGCUUCAUAUUAAAAAUGACGCGAGCGUUUCGUGUGUUAUGCUUGACAGUCAACUUUUAGCUUUAGCACAACAGGUUUCGGGAGAUCUUAUUAAUGGGGAAGGAGAGGUAAGAUUACUUUUGGGGUGGAAUUAA